AUGAGUAACCCGGACGCCGGCAAGGCAUCUCCGAGCAGAGCCGGCCGUAACGUCGUCCUUGGCUUUUCCACCACGCAUAUCCCAAUAUUUCGAACCCCCCAGCCUACGCCGGUCCCCAUCGAUUCGAUCCCGGAGCCGACAUCGUCCCCUCCAGCAAAAGCCGUGCAGCCAAAAAGGCAGCCGGACUUUCUAAGCGAAAAUGACAACUCGCUCAAAAGCGCGAUACACUCGGCCAUGGCCAGGAUGUUCCCAGCACAGGAGAAGGAGACGUCGUCCAGCAACCAGCUUGUGACCAGGACAAUUCCGCCGCAGACUGAAGCCGGCGACGUUGACGAGUGCGCGAUUAACGACGACGACUCAUUAGAAUGGGAAGGCUCGAUCGAGGAGAGCGGCAAGUCGAGCGCUGAGGAGCUCGACUUCCAGCGGGUCGACUCCAAGGUGAAUCUGACCUCUCGGCGAUCGCUCCUCACGCUCGCCCUGGAGGGCAACGACCGACAAGCAAAGCUGGGCAACGACAUCUCGCAAUCGACGCCAGCAAUCCGCCAGGGCCGGCCGCCGCGCCAGGGCCCGUCCUUCGUCUCGUCACACAACGGCUCGGACGACGGCCCGCUGAUGAUGAAAAAGGGCACCCGAACCGCUCCCCUAAAGUCCAUUAACGAGAUCCCGAGGUCGGCAGCUCAACCGAUCCUGACACCCGCCGCCAACGCCCACCAGGCAGCACUAUCGCCCAGGACUACCAGGCGCAACAUGAUAUCCACGGAGCUGACCGAAUCCCUCCGCCGACACCUGGUCUGGGAAAGGUCACAGAAGUCCUCCACCGUCAACGCGGUUCUCAAGCGCCGGCACACCUCUCACGACGCGGCCAACCUGAAGCAGGACCCGGAUAAGGUGGUGACGAAGGAGGGUAACGACAUCAAUGCUAGCACCUACGACCAGUACUUUGGCCGCGACGGCAGCUACCACUCUAAGGGCUGGUAA